CCGCCCAUCUCUCCACGAACCGCCGCGGCUCUGUCCAUUUUCUUCACCGUCAUCUACGUCGCUCCGUACUAUCUCUCAAAGACGACUCGGCCCUCGCCCACCCUCCAUCGUGAUGCGCCAUCCGUCAUCCGUGCCCGCAUCCGCGCCGUUACUUCCGCGUGCAUCCUCAGCACCUUGACCACCCUCUUCGUGCUCGUGCAGUAUGGUGGCUUCGGCCCGCUGCAAGCCCUCGAGCACUUGGGCUGGUGGCCUGUUCCCGUCGACGACAUCGCCAAGGUCCUGCUGCUGCUGACGGUCCUGUUCGCCGGCCCGCUCUUCGAGUACGGCGUCGUGUACGGCGAGUGGCGCGAGUGGCUCCGCCUCAGCCGCCUCAACGAGUCGCUCAGCAGCUGGAUCGGAUGGCGCAACUACAUCGCCGCCCCCAUAACCGAAGAGCUCGUCUGGCGCUCCCUCAUCAUUCCCCUGCACCUGCUCGCCCGCGUCUCGCCCACGACCCUCGUCUUCACCACGCCCCUCUACUUCGGCAUUGCGCACGUGCACCACUACUACGAGUUCCGGCUGACGCACCCGCACACGGCAGCACUGCCCGCCCUGCUGCGCUCGCUCUUCCAGUUCGCCUACACGUCGCUCUUCGGCUUCUUCGCGUCCUUCAUCUUCCUGCGCACCGGCUCCGUCUACGCCGCCAUAGUCGCCCACGCCUUCUGCAACUGGCAAGGCCUGCCCCGCUUCUGGGGCCGCGUCCGCCCAGACCCCGACCCGUUCUUCGUCGAGCCCGGCGUGCCCAUUGGGCCUCCGGAUGUCGACAGUUCGAGCAACAGUGACGGCUCCGCCGCCGCUGCUCCGCGUUCUCGCUCUCCCAAGCUCCCCGCUGCCGAUUGGGGCUGGUCCGUCGCGUACUACUCGCUGCUGGUGGGCGGCGCGUUCGGCUUCUGGUGCCUACUGUGGCCGCUGACGGAGAGCGAGCGCGCGCUGGCGGGCUUUGCGGCAUAG